CGUUCCUUGGAGAACGUCUGGCAGGAACGACGUCCGCGUCAGUCUCGUGGCGCAGCUGCUGAGAGCGCCGUUGGCACAACAUCGAUCGCGCACAGUCGGCCAUAACCUCUGUAACUCGGUACGUUGUUCACCCUGGCCUCGCGGACCGAAGCACGAAAAUUGCGCAGGAACAAACAAAAUCGCGAUGGAACGAAGCUAGGUGGGAUUUCGUGGAUUUCGUUGCUCGAAAAUAUCAUCGAGAGGAGAGGAAAUUGCAAACGGUGCGGUUCGGCGUUGUCCACGAUAAGAAGACCUUCAAUCGUUGUGCAGCACCCUUUCCAAACGGUGUCCAGUUUCGGUGGAACGCGUCGACGGCUCGACCUCGUCGACGACGAUUCGUCGAGCGUUGACGAGACGGCGAGAAAUAAAACGUCGAAGGUAUUAAAUCGAAGAGGGACGUUGAUGGGAGUCGAACUGCAGUGCGGUUGCGGCUUGGAUGCAUCGUAGCGGGUGAUUCCCCUGGGAAGGAAGUGGAAUAAGAGGUCCAGCCUCUUGGAACAGACGAGCAUGAGUGCUCGUGGCUCGUGGACGCGUGCAACGACGCGUGUUUCUUCUCGAUAGCGGCGUCUGCCGCGGACGUCGUCGUCUGACGUCAUUAGUUCCGGCGGGAAAGCCGACAAUAAUUAAAAACGCACAUUGGAAACAUGGUGGACAAGGAAGACGUGCUCGUCAACCUCCAUUAUCUACCGAUCUUCCUCUUCGUUUCAUUGCCUUCCGUCUUUAUUUUGACUUAUAUAAUAGCGGUUAUGUUGGGCCACGUGGAAGCCGGGUUUCCUUACAUCUCGGAUACAGCCACUUAUGCACCAGAAAGCUGUAUAUUCUCUCAAUUUAUCAACAUGUUCGCGAUGCUCAUGUCGUUCGUAGUCUAUAUAAGGUAUUCCCAAGUAAAAGAAUGUUCGAGCACUUUUAGAUUGCAAACCUCCCUACCAAAAUGGAAUCAUUGGGCUUUAAUUUUUGGCCUAUUGUCGACCUUUGGCCUAUCGGUCGUUGCGAAUUUUCAAGAGACCUCCGUUCUCGUGGUGCACUUUAUCGGCGCUCUGCUCUGCUUCGGUGGUGGUACCGCAUAUUUUUGGACACAGGCUGUGUGCACGUUCUACCUUCAUCCGCUCGGAUGUUCGUUGAGACUCGCUCACAUACGAACGGCAUUGUCAACCUUUUGCACCGUUUGUUUCGUCGUAACUCUGAUCACCGGUGUGCUGGCACGCUUGGCUUACAAGGGCACGAAUCCCCGAAAAUGGUACAGGGAGGACGGUGGAUGGGAGCUGCACGUGGCUAGCACGAUCACGGAAUGGCUGUGCGCCGGUGCAUUCGCCGUGUACAUUUUGACCUUCUCCGAGGAAUUUCGCGAUGUCAAAGUUAUCCAUCCGAAGAUAGUGUGCACCCUGAGCCGAACGAGAUUGAGCAACGAGACGUUGAACGAGAGCCAGGAUUCGAUGGGUCAGAACGAAAGCGCAAGGACGAUCACCUGAUCGCUCAUAGGCAGAGGCGCCGGUGGUUACGUCAACCUCCUCUCGCAUUCACCAGUGAACACCCCGUGUCCCGGUUACAGGUACCGUGAAUCCCGCGAACCCCUAUUGGACGAGGCCGCGCCCCUGAUCGCGACCACGCCACCAGCCGCCUGUGACAUCGAGGGAAGGACCGACGUCCUCUGCCCUGUACAGAUACACGUGCACGACCCCUCGGCACGCGAGAGACGAAGACAGAUGGACAAGGAGGACGAGACGGAGCGAGUGCAGAAAUGGGGGGGGAAUCAUCGGUCGAGGAAUUGGAUCGAUCUGGACGAGAACGUGUUGGACGGUUACAUACUGAUAGACGACUCGUGCCUCGAGUCCGGCGUUAUACCGGACGAAACGAAGGAGCUUCCGUACCCGGAGGGGGGCGUAGAGGUGGACGAGGAGAACGAGGACGCGGACAGCCACGGUAAGGACGAUGGCUCGAUUUACAGCAUCGCCAAGAGAGGGAUCUCGAGGAGAGGGCUUCGAGGAGAGGAGUUCGAUCUAAGCUCGACCUAUCCGCUUGCCAACAGUCACGGCAACGCUUACAAAGAGUCGAGCAGUCAUACGAGGUACACCGAGUUGUAUUCCGAGUUGGCGGUUAAGAAUUAUUUGGAGGGGAAUCGGGAAGAAAUGGGGAAUUAUUCCGUGGCCAACAGCCACGGUGAUCACAGCGUGUCGUCGGAGAAUAGGGAACGAAGUUUGAGGGAGAACGCGGAGAACGAUCAAUCGGUUUGGGACACGAGACAGCACACGAAUUACGAGGUGGCCAACAGUCACAGUAAUUAUAGAGUGUUCUACGACAGUCAGACGCAGCAGAGAGAAUUGUUGAGGACGAGCGGCUGGUCGAUAGAGUCUUGGAGGGAGCAUUUAAUGGCCAAUAAUUACGUGGUGGAGGAGCGGAAGCAGAAAUCUGAGAACGCAGGGCAACUCGUCCGGGACGAUGAAUCGACGAAAACUAGUCGGUCGGAGGCGAAAAGCGAUCCUGGCUCCGAACCAGCAUGCGACAUCGAGCAAUGCCUCGUCCAGAUCGAGGAAAGCUUGUUGAACAUCGAACAAAAUUUGCUUCACGUGCAAGACCUCGACAUACCGGAAUUGAGGAAUCUUUUGUACAAAAGUCCAAGCAUCGAGAAAAGUCUCUACGAGGUUCAGGACCUCCUCUACGCUGACGGUAUUGUUCCUGUAAUCAAUAAGAGAAAAUCCUCGACUCUUAUAUCCGAAGACGAGGAAGAGGACGAAGAGGAGGAGGAGGAAGAGGAGGAGGAAGAGGAAGAGGAAGAGGAGGAGGAGGAGGAGGAGGAAGUUUGGGUAGGUCGUAACAUAACCGUAAAAGACAACGACAACGAAGACGACGACGCUGCUAUUGGCACCUUCGAUGCCUCGAACGAGGAAUCAUCCGACACCGCUAACAUAGACGAGAACAAUCGAUCGGGAUCGGUGGACAAUUGUUCGACAACCGACUGUACAAACGGCUCGACCAUCUUCCACGAGGACGUAUCCGUCGAUCCGAAUUGCAACGAAAAGACCAUGAACUUCAUCCCGAACAGUUUAAACAAAACCUUGCCCAGAAGAAUCAUUCUCGACGGAGCCAAGGAGAAUAUCAGACUUUGCUCCUCGGAACCCGAAGAGUCGACCACGGUCGAUUACAAUUUGAACACCACCUGCGCCGAGAAGAAGUUGUUCUGUCGCGACAAGUGUCACAGCAGGACGAACUCGUUGGACGAAAAUUCCACGUUCUCGAAUUUCGAUUCGUUCGACAAACGGGAGACGGGGAAAAGCUCUUUGCAGAACUUGCUGUUCGAAUCGGCGAACGGGAAUUUAUUCGAUCGGUCCGGGAAGGCAAGGUCGGAGGAAAUGCUGCCUCGGACGCCUCGGAACAGAUGCUUCAACGCGAGUAGAAAAAAGUCGAAGGAGAAACAGGCGAAAACGGAGGAUUUUCGUAGGAAGCUCGAGCCCGUUUCCUCGAGUCGUCGUUUCGCGAACGCGUCGAACGAGCAGAAGAGGGCGAAAAUUUCGAAGGAAUCGGUGAACGCGAACGCGCCACGCCCGAUUCGUGAAAAGUCACCGAACAGGACGAGGCGAGGCACGAUCUCCGCGGACAAGGUUCAAGAUAAGGACAAGGAGUCCGGGAAAUGCACGGACAACAAGAGGAAACGGAAGAAGAUAUCGAGCAGAAGUCAAAGUUCCUCGGAGAACGCGUUAGUGCCUAGCAAAUUGAUCUCUCUUUCGCUGUCUCUUCUUCUCGCGGCUUUAUUACAAGCGGUCAGGUGUCUUACGGACCUCGUCGAGGACGCGUUCAGAUCUGUCAACUGCGACAGAAGCGGCCUAUUGCAAUAACGCUGCAUCCGCGAACGGUUCUCGUCCGGCACGAGACCCCAUUCGUUCAGAACGUGGCAACAACCAACGAGAUUAUCGCGUAUGAAUGGUAACGUUAGAUGGCACUAAUCACGUACACACACACACACACACACACACACACACACACACACACACACACACACACACACACACAUUAUUACUAUUAUUUUUCUUCGCUGUACUCCCACUUCGUUUUCAAAUACGUACCGUCUCCCGUCCAAGACCAGAUUUCUGUCGAGGUGGCCGCAAUUUCAACCGAUUCGAGAGAAUUUUUCUCAACAUUUUUUUGAUCAGAUGAGAAAUUUCUGAUCCGAUUCCAGAACUUUUCUUUCUUCUGGAUAUUAGCGUUGCAAUGGAUUUCAUAUUUGAGACUAGAGAUUUGACAAUCUGUAGAUGAUUAAGUUUUUCUUUCUCGUGCGUAAAAUUGAUUCAUAAUAGGGCUUGCAGUAACUCGUGGAAUAUUUUUUCUUUUCUCUCUUCGAGUAUAAAAAUAAUUAAUCGUACGAAUAAUACGAAAGAAAAAUGUAUACUUGGAAAGAAUAAUAUCGUUCAUUGAUAAAUAUGAUUACGUGAUACAGAAAUUAAUCACGGUUGAGGAACAAUAAAAUAGAUAGAACGUCGUUCCACAUUAUCGAUCAACGCGAUUCUAUUACCAAGAUAAACAGUGAAUUGAAAAGAUAUAAUAAUCGUGACACUUUCAACAAUUAUCAUAAAUGUUUCUUCGAGUACCGAGUUUUCUAAUUAAACGACACAUAAAAAAUCGAUUACCGCACCGAUUCUUCUUGCGCUCCGUUCUUUUUUUUUUUUUUUUUAACCGAGGUCACCUUUUCAGAAGGCGCCUAAUGAAACUGGUUCUUGGAGGCCGCGAAACAAGGGGGAAACAAGUUCAUCCAAAGACAUCCGAUCACCGAGGAACUUAUGAUUUGCAACCGUAAACGUCCACAAGCUACAGCUGAUGUCUGUGAUAAACGCUAUUGCUUACGACCCACGAUUAUGUUUUUUACACACGGUACGCUUACAAUACCAAAAGACAACAAGUUUAAUCGUAGGGGAGGAGUACACACACUCGUUACUUGUACACAGUAUCUCGUUUAUAAGGAGAUCGUUUAACAGAGAAUCGCAACGAUGACGGCGUAGGAACGAGACGUGCGAUUUUUCCUUAUAUUUUUCCUUAUUUUUUUCUUUUUUUUUUUUUCUUCUACUCUUUAAUUCAUCGCCAAGAAUUUAUUUUAUAUAUAUAUAUGUGUAUAUACAUAUUUAUAUAAAAGGUGCUACCGCGUGCAACCGUCGAGACGCGAAUAAUUCGCGUGAAACGAAAGCGUGUCACGUGGAUGAGACGAAGUCGGAGAGAGAAAGAGAGAGAGAGAGAAAGAGAAACAUUUUUCACGAGCUUCCAAGAGAAGAUGUUUUACGGAUCGCUAGACGGGUAUGUGCCAGAAACGACGAUGACGUAGCGCGCGAAAACGAUAGUGCACGAUAAUAGAAAGAAGAAGUUUCGCAGAUAAGUCUUAUCGAUGGAGCAAAGUACGGGCUAAGCAUGUUACGGUAUUUAGCACCGCGUACGUAACGUUCUAAAGUGCCUAAAGAAAAAAAAAAAAAGAAAAAAGAAAAAAAAACUCGUCGCGUAACGCGAGUUGCAGUUGCAUAUUUGUCUAAUUGAUUAAAACUUUCCAUCUAACGAUUUAACGCUA